AUGUCGUCCAACUCUUGCUGGCCCUCCGCCGUGCCUCCUUUCACUCGGGGAGAGCUUGACGAUACCCACGAGAUUUACGACCAGCCAACGAUAACGAACCCAUCGCCGCAUCGCCACCAGCAGCAACAGUCUACUCUCCAAUCUGCACAUCGAUUGUCUGUUCCUCCACGUCCAUCAAGCGCUUCUGGUAGUCUCCGCCAUUUGCGACGACGAGCCUCUCCAAGAGUUGAGAACCCCCAGUCAGCUACACAUCGCCGUACCAUCUCAGUCGAUGCAGCACCGCAGCCUCGUCGCAAUCGAAGUAGCACCCGCGCAACCGCAACCCCUCGUGGAGCUGGAGUCAGUUUUGCUGAAAUAGCACCCGCGCUCUCCGAAGCAGAGACAGAAGCCGGUGCAUCGACUUCUCAGGACUCGGUUCACCAGUUGGGAGAGUCGUACUGGCCUCAACGCUCGACAAGGGUCUCUCCGCGCACCGCCUCUGCUAUUCUGUGGGCGCUAGAAGAAGCAAUUCGCAAGCCGUUCCCAUUCACCCCUGACUUUGAAGAGCUCAACGCUUCCAUGUCGGAGCUGACUGGUGCGUCGGGACCAGUGGCAACUGGAGGCAGUGUUCGUCCCCAGAAUGGAGGUUCGCGCUCAAAUCAAGGCACCCGGCCAGUGCACACUGUAGUGCCGGCAGGUGUGCGGACUCCAACUGAUAUAAUGCGGGAUCGUCGAGAUCGCGAGGCUAGAAAACUGGCAGAAAAAGAGGCCCGUGAACGGCAGCAAGAAAGGGAAUUGAGACAACAACAAGCGGAAGAACGGCAGCAAUUUCAGAGUCAACAGCACGCUGCUGCUGGCGCUACUGGAAGAAGUGAUUUCACCGCACAGCAACAUCAGGGCCCUGUCCGGCAGCCGGCCGUGGUUGACCCAGCCUAUAUCGAACAAGCUUCGGAGAGCCUUCAACAGCCAGUUCCAACUGGUGGUCGCAGACAGGAACCAUCCCAACCGCCUGGAAAUGGAACGACUGCCCAGCGACAGCCAGCAGGUCGCAGCCAAUCAAGACCGGGGCCUUCCUCAUCCCAACAACAACAGCCUGCGCCACAACCUAGACAGCAACCACCCUCGCAAAGCAACACACAGCAGGGUGUAGGUACAUCCCAACCCCAAUCGACGCAAGUUUCAGCUCCAGGCUCGCAAUCACAAGAGCAGUCACGGCGAUCUACAUUUCCUCAUGCCUUUGAACGAUGGGAAACACUCUCAUCACACUGGGAAGGGCUUACUGGGUAUUGGAUUCGAAAAAUGGAACAAAGCAAUUCCGAGCUAAGCCAAGAUCCUUUGAAUCAGCAGAUGGCUCGGCAGAUAAACGACUUGUCUGCUGCAGGCGCAAACCUCUUCCAUGCGGUGGUUGAACUGCAGCGCCUCCGAGCGUCAUCAGAGCGCAAAUUUCAGCGAUGGUUCUUUGACACCCGUGCCGAACAAGAGAAAGCUCGAGAAGUCCAGGCUGAGCUUGAACGUCAGCUUCAAGCAUUGAAACUGGAGAGAUCAGACGCUGGCGAAUUACGUCAAAAGGCAGAUGCCGAACGUAAAAAGGCCGAGGACCUAGUCAAAGAAAUGCGUAGGGAACUACAGAUCUCGAAGGAGGAGGCACGAAGAGCUUGGGAAGAACUUGGCCGUCGAGAGCAGGAAGAGCGAGACCGCACAGCGUCGCUCCGCAACGGCGAGCCUACACACGUUGGCGGUGUUCAGGUUGUGCCUAUGAUUACCGGGAUUCCCAGUCGACAGAAUAGCAGCGCAAACAGACCACCAACACGGGAGGGCCCCUAUCCCGGUGGUCCUGGUCCUACGAGCAUGGGUGGGCAGCCACGAGAGAACACGCAAUACGUUGAGGAGGAAGAACUGCCUGAAACAGAUCCAUUCACGGAGACUCCAAGAACAGCCCAAACACAUGCAUAUCCACCUUCAUCGCAUCCGCCGGGCUCCUCAGCCACUAUUGUUGGUGGUACACCCAAGUCCCAGCCACCAGCAACGUCUGUAGGCUACGGGGAAACUCCCGGUCAUUUUUACCAACAUGGCGGCACCAUUCUUCACGGAGAGCCAGAGGUUGACCAGCGGUCAUAUGUAGCUAGCACUGAAGGCAGUGAACUUGAGGAAGAGUACGCGGCGCAACACGGCGCAGAGUACCAUCAUGAUGUUCAGAGUCACGAAUACGCUGGCAGCGAGGGAGAAUACGACGACGACAGCCAACAAGAGUACCCACCAACCACCAGUGGCGCCCCUAUACCAUACGGACAAACAAGUGUUGAUUACAGCGGUUCAAGCUGGGGCGGCUGGGACUCGAUAACUCCACGACACCGCCAUCCCACACGUCUCAGUGACGUAUUGGAAGAGGACGAACGAAGCCGAACCAGCCCGAGUCGAGCCAGCCAAGCCAGCCGUGGAAUGCAUUAA